AUGCCAGUGGAACCUCUUGCUGGUGACACUAUAAAAUGUUCCGAGGAAGGUAUCUUCAGAACUUUUGAUUCGAACCGCAUCACAUCAUUUUUCACUCUGCACGCCAUCUCUAACAUCACCUUUGGCCAAACUUUCGGCUUUCUAGAACGAGAUGAGAACCCUUUCAGUUACAUUCAGAACCUUUCGCAGUUCCCCCUUGUUAUAAUCGUUUUCGGUGUUUACACGGAACUCACCCACAUUUUGAAACUUCUGCUGCUCAAACCUGCGCUUCCCAAGAAUAUCAACAAACGUGGCCUGGGUUGUGUGACGGGCUCCGCUACGGAUCGAGUUCGGGAGCGAUUUGUAGACAGCCCUGUUGUUCAACUAGAUAUAUUAGGCGCUUCCAUGAACAAGGGCCGUAUACAGGGCGAGCUCGGUAGCCAGGCCCCUUACCCAACUUACAGCUGA